GUGUGGCAUUUGACACUCUCUGUUUCGUCGAUCCACCCCGCACAAUUUUCUCUGACCCGUAUUUCGAGCGCUUCCUUGACUUGGUGAGUGGUCGCGUCAUGAAAGCUGUUCACUUCACUUCGGACUCUUUGCAUUCUCACACCGGAAAGAUAUGGAGUGUAAGGCUGACGUUCCGCAAUGUCACGUAUCUGCAACUCUUACGGGUAGAGUGCACUGAAACUCAGUAUUGCGGUCUAAUCCAGUCGCUUCCCAAGCUUGAAGCCAUAACAGUGUCUGAGAUCUCGAUACCAAAUUAUCUCGAAAGAAUCGAAGAAAUAGCCAGUUUGUCUAGUCAGAAUACUCCCGAGGAAGUUCGGAAAGGCCAAACUGGUCCGGCCUUACACACGUUAAGCGUGGGGCUCAAAAAUUUCUGUGACGGUAUUCUGUUGUCUCUGUUUGCUAGUAGACGCUCGGUUGCUCGAAUGGGUGCUUUGAAACAAAUCUACGCUUGUGCUCCUACUAAUGAACCUUUCUUCUGCGGUGCGUCGGUCGUUAUAGCGCUAUCUGUCUUUCUCGAAUUAGCAAGCCGCCACGGAGUGAGACUCCACGUUGGGAAUCUGUUGCCAGUCAGAGGUAUUGCGCUCCCACCUCUCCGUAUUCCUGUCAACAUGCCGCUACUAUCCAUUAUAUGCAAUAUGGUAUUGACGGACAAUUACAAGACAGCGAACUCUAUUGAAUGGUUCAUAUCGACAUUCAAUAAUGUCAGCCAUCCGACUGAUAUUGAAAGUGUGCGGAUCAAUGUGUCGCUUGCGAUAACGAUAUUGCCUUGGGAUAGGCUCCCGCAGCGUGGUGGUGAUGCAGCAUCUAUCUCGCAGUGGGGCGCUCUUGACGAGGCACUUUGUCGACCCGAAGUGCGCCUUGAGGGUCUGCUUAUCCAUGUGCAGCCGGCCGGUCCGCUGUGGAUGAAACUGAUCGACUCUGUCGCGCGAUGGUUGAGCGAAGUAUGCCUUCCAAAGGCCAGGGAGAAAUAUCCGUCUGCGACGCCUGGGAGUACUGUUGUAGGUCACAAUUCGAUCGAAGAACCAUUCAAACGAUGGCGAAAAGAUUGAGGAGGAGGGUAAAUUUGCGGGAACGGAAAACCAGGA